UUAUCGUCCGUCUGCCCGCGGGGCUUUCCCUCGCCGUUUACAGGUGCGCGUCCGUGUGAACGACACCGUUUACGUUAACGUUCGACCUUUCCUGCAGCUAGUUAAUAUACUGAUCUAGUCUGCGCGGCGCUGAUUGAUUUAUCAGGGAAAGGGAUAUCAAGCGUGAAUAUACUGACUCGUUGUGAAAAAAAAAAGUGCAUAACGACUCUCUUAUCGCGUCGUUUCACCUCAGCAGCGGUCAUGUUCUCUGAAAUGAGAAGCUGUUUUAUCGAAAACGACUCGGUAGAUUCAAUCAGUCUGUCUGAAUUCUCCAGCUCGUCGUCUGUGUCUGACAGAGCAUGUGUUCAAUGGGGUUGCGUGCUCUGUGGCUCUGAGACCACAGCUGUCUUUCAAGCAGAAAAUGACCUUCUGGAGAACCAGUUUUUCAUCAAAACGAUAUGUCUUAGUGAGGAGGCCGGAGACGAGAUGCAUAUCGUGGCCGUCUGUGAUGGUGUGGGGUCUUCCAAACCACUGCCUAUUGCUACCCUCCGACACUGUAUGCCAAUGAUCAGUUUUCCCAAUUUGGAGCUCAUUCCCCCGGUCACCUUUAAACUGUGCUCGGGCAAAGGACCCGUGUUCAUCUCCGCUCAGCAUGUAACGUUGAAUCCCAUUGAGAUCGUGGAGGAGGAGGAGGAGGAGGAUGAAGAUGAUUAAAUGCCGGCGAUGAGAGCUUAUUUUGACCUUAUGAACCGUAAAGGGGCAGCUAUUGUGCCAGUUUAGUUACUGAAUCAUCAAGGUGUUCAGCAACAAGGACAAAAACAGCAUCAACUUCAAGUGUUUUAAGGCUAAUGAAAGACAGUAAUAAAAUACAAGUCUCGGGGUGUAAAUAAUAUCACUAUUUUAUCUGAUGUAUUUUUCCCUUGGUGUACACCGAGCUGCUUCGCACGCUAUUUUUAAUAAAACACGCGUUGACUUGAAGUGAGAAAUAAAGUAUUUACUGCUGGUGAA